AUGAGCGACGCCGCGAGGCCCACGGGCGUCGCCCUUCGGGGCCGCGCGCGGACCCUCGACGCCAUCGCGCGCGAGCUCGGCCUUCGCGAGCGCCACGUGCGCGAGGCCGUCGCGCUCAUGGACGAGGAGUGCACGGUGCCCUUCAUCGCGAGGUAUCGCAAGGAGGCGACGGGGGGCAUGGACGAGCGCGCGCUUCGACGCGUGGCGGAUCGACUCGGCGAGCUGGACAAGCUGGAGCAGCGCCGCGACGCCAUACUCGCCGCGCUGGAGAAGUCCGGCGACCUGAACCCGGCGCUGGCGAGAGCCGUCGCCGCGGCGGACACCCCAACGAGGCUCGAGGAUCUCUACCUGCCCCAUCGCCCCAAGCGCGCGACGCGAGCCUCCGCCGCGCUCGACCUCGGCCUCGGACCCCUCGCGGACGACCUCCUCGACCCGUCGACGCCCUACUCGCGCGGGUUCAUCCGAAGGUUCGUCAAGGCGCCCGGCGUCGCCGACGACGACGCGGCGAUGCGGGGCGCGAGGGACAUCGUCGCGGAGAAAGCCGGUGAAUGCGUCGAGGCGAGGGAAGCCGCGAGGCGCGCGUCGCGCGACGCCGCUCGCGAUUACCUCUCAUUCGAACGGGAUAUUCAACGGAUCCAGCCGCACCAGUACCUCGCGCUGUGCCGCGCGGAGACCGCGGGGGUGGUUCGCGUGAGCGUCGAGUGGGACGACACCCCCGCGGUCGACGCCGCGAGACGCGCGCUGGUGAGGAAGGGUCUGCGCGGGGAGAAGGCGGCGGAGGUUGAGGCGGCGGUUAAGGAUGGGGUGAAGCGGCUGCUCCGGCCGGCGGCGGAGCGCGAGACCCGCGCGAGGCUUCGCGACGACGCGAUCCGUCGCGCGGUGCGGGACUUCGGCGCCAACGUCGCUGCGCUCAUCCUCGCGCCGCCCAUGCGCCCGGCCGCGCCCGUCGUCGGCCUCGACCCCGCGCAUCGAACGGGUUGUAAGAUCGCCGCGGUGUCAGCCACGGGCGCCGUCCUCGCCGCCGCCGUCGUGCACCCGCGGCGGGAGGAUGCGAACGCGGCCGGCGGCGGGGAGGCUGGCAGGAGGUUCCGGGAGUUUUGCGAGAGGCACGGCGCGCGCGCGGUGGCGGUCGGGGACGGCGUGGGGACGCGCGAGGCUGAGCGAAUGGUAGCCGCGGCGCUGGCGGGAUCGAAGAAAUCCGGAUCGACGUCGGGAAUCGGCUGGCGCGUGGUGAGCGAAUGCGGCGCCUCCGUCUACAGCGCCUCCGAGCUGGCAAUCGCCGAGCUGCCGGACCUCGACGUCUCCUUGCGCGGCGCGGUGUCCAUCGCGCGGCGGCUGCAGGAUCCCAUGGCCGAGCUGGUGAAGAUCGAGCCGAGGCACCUGGGCGUGGGCCUCUACCAGCACGACGUCCGAGCCAAAGAGCUCGCCGCCGAGCUCGACCAGGCUGUGGAAUCCGCCGUGGCCGCGGCCGGCGUCAACCUCAACACCGCGUCCGCGGCGUUGCUCGCCAGGGUCCCCGGCAUGUCCAAGUCCCUCGCGGAGAAGACGGUGGCGCACAGAGAAUCGCGCGGUCCCUUUGCGUCGCGGCGGGGGUUGCUCGACGUCAAGGGCGUCGGCGAAAAGACGUUCCAGCAGGCGGCGGGUUUCCUCCGCGUGGACUCCGCGAAGGACGCGCUCGAGAUGACGGCGGUACACCCCGAGGGGUACGAAGCCGCGAUGGAGGUGAGACUGGAGGACCUCCGUCGGCUCCGUCCCGCGAUCGACUCGCUCCUCGGAAGGGGCGCGUCGGAUCCGGAGUUUAAGACGAUCGCGUCGGCGGCGGGGAUCGGCGAGUUGACGCUGAAGGAGACCCUUCGGGCUAUGGCCAAGCCGGGCGUGGACGACCGCGACGUUUUCGACGCCGCGAGUCGACUUCGAACGUCGGCGCUUUCGUUGACCGACCUCAAGGUUGGUGACGUGUUGGAGGGUGCGGUGAGGAACGUCGUGCCCUUCGGCGCGUUCGUGGACGUCGGCGUCGGGGUCUCCGGCCUGGUUCACAAGUCGAACAUGCGCGGUGGAAACGACAAGGGGAGGGCACCGGAGCCGCACGAGGUGCUCAGCGCCGGCCAGGCGGUGCGGGUGAGGGUGAUGUCGGUGGAUGCCCAACGGAACCGAAUCGGUCUCGCGCUCCUCCACCGCGAGCGGCGCGCGGAAGUAGCACCGCCUAUCGGUGUGACCCGCCGCGUGCGCCGCCACGUGCGACCACGCCUCGCGGAAAGGCACGUCGUCCCUCCUGUCGCACAUCCCGCCGCGGCCGAGGAAGUUUGA